AUGGUCCCACUUGCUGUCUCUCCAGAUAAUUUUGGAAAUAUCUUGCUUUUAUGUUUCCAGAUUUGUCUGGCCACCAUGAUAGUGAUCUCUAAUAUCCUUGCAUUUUCAGCCAUUGUAUCCUCUGGGACUUUCAGGAGGGAAAUGCGUGUCCUGUAUAUGAUGAGCACGUGUAUCAGUGAUUUCUGCACUGGCAUCACAUGGUACUAUGUUGGGGUUUUUGAUGUAAGAGACAAUAUUCCACGUAAAAAUGACACCAAGUUUAUAGCAGCAAAUUUUGUGGGUAUUUCCUACCUCACCAUUCUGGCUGCUCAGGUAGAUAGAUAUUGUGCUGUCAAUUUCCCCAUGUGGUACAUUCACAAAAUGACCACAAGCAAGACGGUGGGGAUUUUGGUUGCUAUCUGGUCCUAUACUUUUGCAAUCCUAAUUUCUCAGAACGUUACCACAUCUAGCACAGCUCUCAAAAUCCAGCUAAUUGGAAUGCUUGUAUGGUCACUAGUAACCUACACCAUAAUGAUAGGUCUAAACAUCAAAUUAUUUCUGAUAGCCAAAUUUCAGCUAACCAAGAUGAAAGGUACAGACAAGGACUACAAGAAGACCUCUCUUUAUCUGAUUAUAGCUGUAGCGGCCAGUUUUAUUCUGCUGUGGGCACCUGUAUUCCUAAGAUCUAUUGUCUGUUUGCUGACAACUGUUAACUGGUGUGUUCUAACCAGCAACAUAUGCACUGAUGUCAUUGUCAUUCUCCCUCGUAUCAAUGCUGCAGUGACUCCCUUACUCUACAUUAAUAGUUGUUCUUUUAUCAAGAAGACUCUGCAAGAGAAGUUCUGCAACUGUCACUCCAAGAUAUGUAUGUAA